CCCCCAUGACUGAUUUAAAAUUGUUCAGAAUCGCGUAAUUCUCCAAAAAAUCUGUGUGUAAUCCAAGUGAGAUUGCGUUGGGGAUCAAAGUUCACCACGUGAAACGCCGCAUCACCGUUGGCAAGUGAAACUGAGAGCAAAACGUCAUUGCGACUGAAGCCGGAAAGCUGUGCACACGUUUGUGGGUCAAUUUUGUUAUUCAAUAGACGCUUUCACCACCACAGCUGAGAAAAAUGAGUUUCCAAAAGGGACUGCGUCUGCUGACGCAAAUGACAGGCGGUUCAGGGACACAAAAUAUCCUUAGACAUAACAGUAGCAAUGGCUCAGCCAGGUCACUAAAAAUGAUCACAAAACAUUACGAUGAGAUUACGAUACCCGUACCCUGGGGCCAUAUUGCGGGCAAAUGGUAUGGUCCCAAGCAUGUCCGCCCUAUACUGGGAAUGCAUGGGUGGCAGGAUAAUGCAGGCACCUUUGAUACUCUCGCUCCACUACUGCCCCCGCAUCUUUCAUUCCUCAGCAUCGAUUGUCCAGGUCAUGGACUGUCGUCCUGGCUGCCUCCGGGCAUUAUCUACCACUCCAUUGACUAUGUGCUGCUCAUACGUCGCAUCAUGGAGGAAUACAAUUGGGAUAAGGUCUCUAUAAUGGGUCACUCGAUGAGUUCCAUCAACGGUUUCGUGUUCAGCGCGCUAUUCCCAGAUAAAGUGGACAUGUUCAUUGGCUUGGAUGUGCUAAAGCCGCCCAUACGUAGUCCCCGCCACAUAGUCACUGGCUUGUCAGAACGUCUGGAGAAUGCGCUUAAAGUUGAAAGACGGAAUCGUAUCGGCACAGAACCACCAGCCUAUGAAUGGGACCAACUAGUGGAACGUUUACACUUGGGUACGGAUAAAUCCGUCUCUAUGGAGGCAUGUAAAUUUCUGCUGCAACGCAAUGCAAAACCAUCCACCCAUGAGCCUCAUAAGUAUUACUUCUCACGCGAUAGUCGACUAAAAAACUCACUGUUUUACACAUUAUCCAUCGAUGUGCCGUUAGAGAUGGCCUCGAGGAUUACAUGUCCCCACUUAUUCAUUAAGGCAAAGCAAGCACCCUACUAUGAACGCAAAGAGUACUACGACGCGACCUUGGCAGCCCUACGAAAGAACUCGCAGUUUGAAUAUCACGAAGUCGAUGGCACGCAUCACGUCCACCUAAAUGAGCCCGAAAAGGUCGCGUCAAUUAUUAACUCCUUUAUCAACAAGUGUCGGCCCUUAUGAGAACAGGCCCCCUUAGAUUUAGAUUUGUAAGACUUGUACAAAGUAGCGAGAUUUUGAUUCUGCUAGCUAGUUAAUGCGGGGUCCGUUGGUGGUGCUUCUAUAAAUGAUAUUGCCGCGUCAUUCAAUGCCAUUGAAUGUUAAAAAUCUACGUCUGAUAUUCAAUAUCACUUUAAACACAUACUCGUAUGCACUGUAGUUUACAGAUACAAGAUUUGAAUUCUGACUAAUCAAUCAUCUUGAAACAUAUGCAAGCCCAAUUCAACCAAUAGAUACUGUUUUCGCAAACGAAACUUUAAGAGGUAUAUUCACUGGUUUGGUUUUUAGCUAAUUUUUAAAUUAUCAUCAAAAACCCAAGAUAUAAAGAUAGAUAUGUUUAAACGAAAUUUUGAGAUAAUUUCACUGAGGAGAUACUCAAAAUAUAACGCAAAUUACUAUCUUCUCUCAAAAUACGAAGACGUAAAAUUUUGUCCCUUUUAAUCAAAAGAUGUUAUUCAGUAUUCCUUAUCGAAAAAGGAAUCCUGACCUGAUCUUGUAUCUCUGUUGGCCAAUAGAUUCUAUUUAAAAUUCUUUGUCAUGAACGAAACUAUAAGAGGUCUAUUAACUUAAGAGAUAUUAAAGAUAGUUUCGCCACAGAUAUUAAUCAUGUUACCAUUUUACCAGCAAUAAACAAAGGUGUAAGCUUU